AUGCCAAAAAGAAAGCUGGACGCUAAGAAAAGAUUGCUUACACUGAGAAAGAAAAUGAAAAAAUUGGAAACAUUACUAGACGAUCUUUCGCCUAGUUCUACAAGCGAUGACGAAUCAACUGUUUCUUUUACACGUGGACCAAGUCUAACAGCAAACGUUCCAAGAAGGAGAAUUUUAGUAGAAUCAGAUUCAGAUGAUGAUUCUUUUCACCCAGGAGAUGAUCCUGCUCAUUCGGAAAAUGUUUCCACACAUUCAGAAAACUAUGUGGAAAUUUUAGGCCUUGAUCCUUCCACUUCAGCCAAAAAAGGCACUCCCUUAAAUACAGAGUUGGUAUCCCGUUGGACCACCUAUUUAAAAGAGGGAAUUGCUACAGAAAACAAAGAGGAAAUGCGAGUAAAAUGGAUAAUCCCCGACAACUGCCCCAUG